AUGGUGCUUUUGGCAGUAGUUGUCAGUAUAAAAACUGGAAAAUCUGUAAUCUCCUGAUAGUUUGAAUGAAAUGAUAUGGACUCUAACUGAACGGUUGCUGGGAGUAUUGAGACAGAGGCUAUAAGAUAUGCCUAUCAAACUAUGAAGAAAUUGUAUAUGGUUCUGAUGGACAAAAAUAGUAAUAUCCUGGAGGAUCUGGAGAUUGUACAGCUCUGCUGUAGAGUUAUUCAUGAAUAUUGUCACGUCUAAGAAGAAAAUGAAAUAUCUGAGCACUGUUUUGACCUGAUUUUUAUCUUUGAUGAGAAUGUUGCUCUGGUAGGAAAGGAUGUUUACCUGGUACAAAUCAGGACUUUCACCAAAAUGGACUCUCAGAAAGAGAAAGUGUUCUGAGGAGUUUGAAAACCUCAGAGCUUGAAGCAAAGGCUAACAUGAAGGAUAUAAGAAGAAUCCAAAAAGAUUCUGUGAGACACUGAAGAAUUUGGAAGCUCAAAGGUUUCUGGUGGCAAUACAUUAAACAGAAAAAAAAAAAAAGUGGAACCUGCACCUGCCAGAACUUCAGAUCCAAGCAAAGCUUUGAGACUUGGAGCCAAAUGGAAAGAAGUAUACCAUUUUGUGGAAAAACUGAAAGAAAAAGGUGAAAUCAUGUCUUCCAGUGCAGGCAAGUAUAGCUCUGAAGAAGAAGAAGUAAUAGUGCUCACCCCACCUAUUAACAAGGGAAAUAUGUAUAUGAGAAUUUAAAAAAAAAUUACAUUGACCUAUGCAUGAGAUAGAGUCUUGCAGAAUAUUAAACAAUAUGGCAUGAUUAUAACGUUGAAGAUUUCAAAUGAUAAAUUUGAUCUCAAUCAUCUACAUGUAGAAAAUGAAGAUAAGAAGGGAAUAUCAAAGUGGACACACUCAAAUGUAAACAAAAAAUUCUUUACUAAAUCUCUAAUUGACUUAAAGAACCUCCAGAAAGUCUAUCUCAGUCAAGAGUGAUGCUAGAAUAUUAAAGUAGAGGCUCAAACCACAGAGGAAUCUUUCAUUCCUUGGACUAUUUAUUUAUUUAUUUAUUUCUGGCCCUCUAAGAAUGGAAAUGGCUAUGAUGUCAACACAGAUUAUGAGUUGGAAGAAGACAACUUGGAUGAUGUAAUCACGUCUGGAUGUGGUGCCCAUGUAAUUGGUGAGAUUGAUAGUGAAUAUCACCAAGACAUUCCACACACUUUGAAAUAGUGCCUGACAGUGAUUGAUGCCAAAAACAAGAUUAGAACUAUAGAAUUCAACAUUCCUUGAUAGUCUAUUGCCUUUCCUGUACAAGUCUCAUUCAUCUCCAAAAAUAAUUAUUGCAUCAUACAGGAUCAAGUAGAUGGAAAUAGUCAUGUGAGGUUUUCCUUGGAGACCAUCUUCCUGGUAGAAUAAUAUGAAAUCCUGUAA